UUUUGGUGGGCUUUAAUAUUUUUGACAUAGACAUUUGCAUGAGUUUUAAUUUAAGCAGCAUAUAUUGGCGCCGCCCUGAAGCAAUGCCUCACGACAGUUCCAGGGCGGUCCACAUCAAGUCGAGAAGACGAGGAAAAAAAAAAAAGCAUAUAUUGGCAACACUGCUGAUAAUGAUCAUGGCAACAUGCGGCCUCGAAUAAGCUGCUUUUGUGUUCCCUGUCGUCGUGUUCCCAGCUGAUUGCACUUGUUAUCGCAGACCAUACCGAUCCUGAUUGACGGUCUGAGAAGGGGUUGUCUGUACAAUAGUAUCAUUAUUAUCUCUGUCUUGCUAUUAUCGUUUUGCAAUUAUUUACUAUUUUCCAAUAAUUACUAAAUAUUAUUCGUUCCGCUAAUUACUGUUUAUAUAUAUUCUGUUUACUAACUGCAGAUAGUUAAUACCGUAAAAAUCGGCAUUUAAAUUUAAAAAAAAUGUCACAAAUCUAAUUUCUGUUAAGUCAUCACCUCAAAUUUGACCAGAGGUAUGUCUUUAGAUACUAAAAGUUCAUCACCUACUCCUUUGGAUAAUGAAGACAUGAAAGGUUGGCUAUUUAAAUGGACCAAUUAUAUAAAAGGUUACCAAAAAAGAUGGUUUGUUUUAUCAAAUGGUAUGUUGUCAUAUUACAGGACUCAAGCUGAAAUGUCUCAAUUAUGUCGAGGAACAAUUCGUUUACAUGGAGCUGACAUACAUACAGAAGAUUCAUGCACAAUAGUUAUUUCAAAUGGAGGAGCACAAACUUUUCAUCUAAGAGCUACAAGUGAAGUAGAACGCCAAAGAUGGGUUACAGCUUUAGAAUUGGCCAAAGUUUGUGUAGUUGGUCCAAGUAUUUUAGAUGGAAAUAAAGAAAAAGAAUCAUAUGCAAAUCUUGAAGUGUCAACUGCUGUAUCAACAUUAAAUCAAAAGUUAUCAGACCUACGUGCUCAAAAUGAGUUAGUAUCAAAACAUAGUAAAGCUCUUCAACGUUAUUUGACAGAACUGGAAAAUUUAGAUUUACCUUCUGAUGUUUCUGUAAAAAUAAAGGCCUGGUUUGAAAGGGCAAAUUUGUUUCGUAUUGCAUCUAUUGGCAUGGUCACUAACUGUUCAGAGUAUCUAGAAUUAGCUCAGAGUCAAGGUAAUAAAUGGCAAAAAAUGUUAUACAAUGAGCGACGGCAACGGAUUCAGCUUGUUGAAAUGGUAGACCAAAUUGCACGAGAACAGACUGUUAUGGAACAUGUAGCUAAUAAUGAAAAGCCAGAUGAUUCCUCUGAAGAUGAAUCCUCGGACAAUUGUGAGUUUUUUGAUGCUCAAGCUGGUGAACCUUUUGAUAGUACCACUAACAAUUUUUUGGUUAAUAGACAAUCAUCCGACAUUCAUCAAAAUCAAAAAUCUUUAUCAGUAGAUGCUCAGGGAUUAGACAAGUUGAUAAAUGAAGAAUUAGAUUGUAGUGGAGCAUCUAGCAGUGAUAUUGAUGAUGCAACAGAUUCAUCAGCCAUAUUAACUGCAGCAAUUUGUUCAUCCUCUACAUUACAAUCAACAUGUGAUAUAAACAACAAGCCUCAGUUGUCUGAAAAUGCCAAAAAAAUGCUUGAUAAUGUGCUUAAAAAUCCAUUGAAACCAGGUGAUAAACGAAGAUGUCGUGUUCCUGAUAAACCAAAUCAUCAGUUACAUAUUUGGAGUAUUUUGAAAAACUGUAUAGGAAAAGAUUUAUCAAAAAUACCAAUGCCUGUCAAUUUUUCUGAACCACUAUCAACCCUUCAACGUUUAACUGAAGAUUUUGAAUAUUCCAGCUUACUUGACAGAGCUGCACAAUGCAAGGAUUCAUUAGAACAACUUGCUUAUGUUGCAGCUUUUACAAUAUCAUCAUAUUCCACUACUGUAAAUCGUACAAGUAAACCAUUUAAUCCACUUUUAGGGGAAACUUAUGAAUGUGACAGAAUGGCAGAUCUAGGCUGGAAAGCUUUUAGUGAACAAGUUUCACAUCAUCCUCCAAUUUCUGCACAACAUUGCUCUGGUAAAGAUUGGACAUGUUGGCAAGAAUUUUCAAUGUCUUCAAAAUUCCGAGGAAAAUACUUGCAAGCAAUUCCUGAUGGUAUUGCUCAUUUAGAAUUUUUAAACUCUGAAAAUCAUUAUACUUGGUCAAAGGUUACAACCACUAUUCAUAAUAUCAUAGUAGGAAAACUUUGGGUUGAUCAAACUGGAGAAAUGACUAUAACUAAUCAUAAAGAUGGAUCAAGAUGUCGAUUAAGUUAUAUACCUUACAGCUACUUUACAAGAGAUCAACAACGAAAAGUUAAAGGUUAUGUUCUUAACAAAGAUAAUGAAAUCAAGUUUGUUGUUAAUGGAACUUGGGAUAACAAGGUAGAAAUAGCUCCUGUUAUUAAAUAUGAAGGUCCUGUUGAUAGCCCUACUUGUCAAACUGGAACGUACCAGGUUAUCUGGCAAAGAAAGCUACCACCACCAGAUUGUGAAAAAUAUUACUAUUUUACGAUAUUAGCUAGUCAGCUGAAUGAAUUAGAAGAAGGAGUAGCACCAACUGAUUCUAGAUAUAGAUCAGAUCAAAGAUUAAUGGAGUUUGGUUUAUGGGAUGAAGCCAAUAUAGAAAAGUUAAGACUAGAAGAAAUACAAAGAAUCAGAAAUCGUAAAGCUCAAUCUAUUAGUAGGAAAAUUAGUAUCCAGGAUAAUGAUAAUGGUGAUGAUGAAGAUACUGAUCAAGAAAAUGUGAAAAGUUUAGUUAAACCAUUUUGGUUCAAAAAAGAUGUAUGCAAAUGGACAAAAAAGUCUUGCUACAUAUUUACUGAUGAGUAUUGGAGUUGUAAACAAAAACAGGAUUGGACAAGAUGUCCAUCCUUAUUCUGAAUCAAUGUGAUAUUACUAUCUUGUAUACAUUUUUCUGUAAAUGUUUACUUUGGUUAAUUGACUGAGGUUAUUAAAAUUAACGUAAACUUGUUUAGCUACUUAUGUAUUUAAACAAAUAGAGUAAAUAUACUAAUUGAAGCACACCAAAUUAUUGAGUUUAAAUUAAACUUUCACAUAAGUUAUUUUAUUAUCAACCAUGAACAAAUUGUUGCAAUUGAAAAUUUUUAUUAUUUGUCAUAGUAAUAAAGUAAUUUAAUUUUAUUAAAAUUGA